AUACUUUAUAGAUACACAAAGGACACCAGGACGUAAGCUAGCAAAACACUUUACCGAGGGAGACCAGAAGCUAGCCACAGCCUCAGAAGGUAUCUGACUUGUUCGGCUUUUCUACCGGUGUUACCAUCAAACCAGAGGUGAGCCAUGCCUUCAGUACCCAGCACAGAGAACAGUAGCCUGGCCUUGGCCUGCCCACACGCCACCAAGCUCCACACCGGCCAGAUGGUCAUCAACGGGGACGAUGGUGGAAAGAUUCGACCCAGCCCCCUGCAGAUGAACGGGGAGGAGCACAGCAAGGCCUGUCCCGCGCCUCUACAGCUCAACGGGGAAGAGGCCCCUGGCGACCGGAAGUGGAUCCGUCCCGACCUGCCCAGCAAGUGCAAAUGGACGCUGGGCGGGUCCAAUGCAGACUCUCCGCACAGCCAUCCCGAAAGGACUAAGCCUCCCAAUAUUCUCCCCAACAUUCUGAGGAAGAUAGGGGACACCCCACUGGUGCGCAUGAACAAGAUUCCCAAGGCCUUUGAUCUAAAGUGCGAGCUUUUGGCAAAGUGCGAGUUCUUUAACGCCGGGGGCAGUGUGAAGGACAGGAUUAGCCUGCGCAUGGUGGAGGAUGCAGAGAGAGACGGCACCCUCAAACCCGGGGACACCAUCAUUGAGCCCACAUCUGGGAACACUGGAAUCGGACUGGCCCUGGCAGCAGCGGUGAAAGGGUAUCGCUGCAUUAUCGUCAUGCCAGAGAAGAUGAGUAUGGAGAAGGUUGACGUCCUGCGCGCUCUGGGAGCCGAGAUUGUCCGGACGCCCACCAGUGCUCGCUUUGACUCCCCGGAGUCCCACGUGGGCGUGGCCUGGAGGCUGAAAAACGAGAUCCCCAACUCACACAUCCUGGACCAGUACCGCAAUCCCAGCAACCCCCUGGCCCACUACGACACCACAGCCGAGGAAAUCCUGGAGCAGUGCGAUGGUAAGGUGGACAUGCUGGUGGCUGGAGCUGGAACAGGAGGAACCAUCACUGGCAUUGCCCGCAAACUGAAAGAGAGAUGCCCAAAUAUAAAGAUUGUCGGAGUGGACCCCGAGGGAUCAAUUCUGGCAGAGCCCGAGGAACUGAACAAGACCGAUAAAACCCAGUAUGAGGUGGAGGGAAUCGGGUACGACUUCAUCCCCACCGUGCUGGACAGAUCUGUCGUGGACAGCUGGUUCAAAUCCAACGACGAGGACUCUUUCGCCAUGUCGCGCAUGCUGAUCAGGGACGAGGGUCUUCUCUGCGGUGGCAGCUCGGGCACUGCCAUGUCCGCAGCCGUCAGGGUUGCUAAGGAACUGAAGGAGGGACAACGCUGCGUGGUCAUCCUGCCUGACUCCAUCCGCAACUACAUGUCCAAGUUCCUGAGUGACAAGUGGAUGUUUCAGAAAGGCUUCUUGAGGGAGGAGGACCUCAUGGUGUCUAAGCCCUGGUGGUGGCACCGCACCCUGCAGGUCCUUAACCUCUCCGCACCCCUGACCGUCCUGCCCACCGUCUCCAUCAAGAACACCAUCACCAUCCUGAAGGAGAAAGCCUUCGACCAGGCGCCUGUCGUCAACGAAUCUGGGCUGAUUCUGGGAAUGGUCACACUUGGAAACAUGCUGUCCUCCGUGCUGGCCGGGAAGGUGAGGCCUGGUGACCCCAUAAGUAAGGUCCUCUACAAGCAGUUCAAACAGGUGCGCCUAACUGACAACCUGGGAAAAAUAUCCCGCAUCCUGGAGACGGAUCACUUCGCCUUGGUCGUUCACGAGCAGAUUCAAUAUCUGACAGACGGAUCGCCUUCCCUGAAGCAGAUGGUUUUCGGAGUGGUGACCGCCAUCGACUUGCUCAACUUCGUCACCACACGGGAGAGGAGCCUCUCCCUCUCUGAGAGCACGGACGAGUUGUAAACCCCUUCCUAUGUGUGUGUGUGCCGUCCGUGGGUGUGCGAGUACGAAGAACGACUAGAAGCAAAACAUAAAAGCUUUUAUUUACUUCUGUGGGCGGGGCUACUCUGGCAUAUAGGCGCACCCAAUCAGCAGUCGGUGCUUGUGAUGAUGAUCGCGAUGUCACAAGGGCAGAAAUCUUUGUAAAACUUUAGAUUCAGCUAGAGGGCUGUCUCAUAACCAUUUGUGUCUCUUGCUUUUUAUUUGUUACUGUAUGUUGUGAUAUUGUUGUCGGAACUGGAUGGAAUUUUUUCGAACCCUAUGAAAAAUGAAAAAGGUUUUCUGGAUUGUUUUUCCAAAAUUCUAAGUCCGUGUCCAGAACCAUGUUCAUGUACCAGAAGUAAUUGUUACAUUGGCAUUCGAGUGUUCAUUUAAGAACAUUCAAAUCGCAUAUUUGUGUUACACCUAAAAAGGUUAACAGCUUUUCAUUAAGGUUCACCUAAAAAAAAUUCAUAAAACAAAAAUGAAUUAUACUGGGGAAUUUGACAGACAUUUUCUAAUGCCACCAAAAAUAUUUAAUGUUACUUUAAUACUAGAUAUAUUUCAUGUUUAUUUAUUGGACUGUGAAAAACCAAAGCAAUUAUUUUGGUGUGAAAUACACAUCUUAAGGCUCAAUUCUAAAUGGCAUUCUAACAUAAGUGUUCAGGUCGAAAAAAUAUGACGGAUAGUGGAUUUCCUGUCUGUCGUUUUCAAAAUAGUAAUGAAAUUCCUUGUUCAUUGGUGCUACAUGGACGACAACUUUACUGAAAGAAUACUUCCAGAUUCCUCAGAUUUGUUAUCGCAUAUGUGAAGACGGGUUGAUUUAUGUUUUAAUUCUAAUCAGCACAAAGUUUCUUUUUCAACUGAUUUGUUUUUGCGUCAUGUGUAUUUUGUCAUUUCUAUUCAGUAUAAUAAUACAAAACGAUAAAAUCAUUAUUUUAGCAGCUCUGUAUAAAUCUUUUCACAGAUGAUCUAUAGCAGCAGUAUUUUAAUAAUAUCUAUUUAAGCAAAAUGUUUUGGGUAGUGGACAGGCAAGUUUGGAUUUGAUUGAUCAAAAACAUUUAGGGCAAUGUAUCAUUCUUUUCUCUGCUCCAAAGUCAUAUUUGGCAAAGCAUUGUUAAAUCAGUAGUUGGGCAUGGUGCCUGUGAUUUAGCACAUUUCCUCUUCAUUAGCGCAAGGGUCAGCACCAAAUAGGCUGGUGAAUGGAAUGCUUCCUUUUUAGAAAGAAGAACGAACUUCAGACCGCGCGAAAGUUGCGCUUCAAACCUCUGCUUUUUGUUUGCGACGUUCUUAAUCUGCUGGGUUGAAUUUACACAUUUUAGUGUGUUCUGUGUUCAUUUCGCAACAGGAAGUGCGUUGUUACCUAACUGAUCGAAUCUGAUCUUCCUCUGAUAGCAUUUACUUUUACUUUUUCACUUCCAAAAAUCAACACCAAAGUUCUUUGUCUGAUUUUGUAAAGGUUAUGUUUCUACUGUAAAUUAUUUCAUUUCGUGCAACAUCCCGUGGGCUCAAAGUGCGAAAUGACUUUGUGUACUUUUCUCUUGUACUUGUGGCAGUGUAGCGCCCUCUUUGGACUGAUAUGAAGUACCGCAGGUGAUAUGGUUCCUUUAGCCACAGCAUGAGCAAGCCGAAUUUCAAAUGUCUCGGUCAGAACUAUUUGAAUACACCUCUUGUCACGCACGACCAAGAAGAGCUACAAUGGCUUCCGUGCAGAUAACCUACUUCCGCUAUAGAUGUGUUCUGGCUGGCCAGGAGUGGGCCACAUAUGAGCUUAGCUGCUUGGAACUCUAUCGUGCAUUUUCUCAGGCAACCAUGUUUUGUUGGCAAUUAAAGUAUCUGGGUAGGACAAUAUUUCGACGUGUUUGGCCAAACCAAACUUGCACCCAAAACAGCAAGACUUGUAUUGGGUAUAUUCUUGUAUUGAAACAAGAUGUUAAGGUGUACUUUUUGUUUAAUGUGGAGUGUGAUGAGUGCAGGAGGUCUUUUAUACAGGCCACUGUUGUGGAAACGUCGGCUUGGUUUACGAUUUCUUUUUCUAUUUACUGUACUUUGACUUUGUUUAAAUGAUUGAGUUUAUACGAAGACGAUGAUGAAUGCACACAUACACAUGCAGAAAUAUCCGCUUGGGAAGCGAACUAAGAAAUUGUGUUAAAAAAGAAAAAAAAUCUGAUUCACUUUGGUUUCUUUUUAUUCUUACCCAUCAUUGCUUGGAGCUGACAAAAUAAAAGCUGUUGAUUUUAUUUUCUGAGUCUUUUGUCUCGAAGCGCUGCAAUAGAAAAAUAUCUUCAAAUAAAGGUUUGUUCGGAUUACA